AUGGCAUUUCCAAUAACAGAAAUAAUAUUAAAGGAUGUGAGACCGUUUUUUUAUCAAGCAUUUUAUUUGUAUUUAUAUUUAGGAAGUAUUGCAUUUGUAUGGUAUAUGCAUGCAAUAUAUUUUAAAGAAAAUACAUUAAAGCAAAUAAUAAAAACUCAAAAAAAAGACAGUAAACCGGGAUUUAUAAAAAAACAAAAAUCACAUCCAAUUAGAUAUGGAAGUUUUUAUCUCAGGUUGGGUGCUAUUGCUUUUGGGAUUGGAAGCAUGGUUUAUUCGGGAUUGGAAUUCGGACAAUAUUUCGAAUUAAAGAAGAACGUUGAAUGCCAUUCAAAUAUACUUCAGGCUAUAACACCGGCAACCAGAAUGGUUUUGACCUUAGUGCAAGUUAACUUUAUAUUUCUUAAUAAUAAGGAUUUUGAAUUAGAUAGACACAGGACUAUUGCAAGAUUUGGGUUAAUGCAUAUGAUAGCAACAAAUUUAUGUGAAUGGCUUAAUGUUUUGGUGGAGGAGACAAAACAUGAAAUAAAUCAUUUGGGAAAUCAUACAUCAGAUCAUACGAACGCCUCAAUGACUAAAAAGGGGGGUGAUAUUAUGGGUUCAUUGGUAACAAGUGCAAGUCCAUUUCUAUUUCCAUGUACCAUAGAGUACAGCCUCAUUUGUGCUGUGAUUUUAUUUGAGAUGUGGAAAAAGGUGAAAACUGUAAAAAUAAAAAACAAACAGAACAAAGAACAUGACAAAAAUGCUACGUCAGUCCAUAAAGAUGAAAAAAUCACUCAGCAUUAUAACUUUUCUCCAUUAAAUAACAACCCGAACAAUUCGAAUCAUUACAUCAUAGAUUGUUCUAAUACCUAUAGAGGACUUUUUGCUGGAAUAAUGGUCAUAGUCCUUACAAUUAUUUCGCUGAUGUUUUUUGUUCUUGCUAAAGAAGGUGGAACUUCAGAAAUCAAAAAGGUUGCCGAAUUUGAAGUCAGUAUUGUAGAAUUAAUAUUGUAUAUCAUAACUACUAUAGUUGUUGUUGUGGCUAUGUUUCAAAUGAGGGCACUAAAAUAUGAUAAAAAAAUUGGAGUGGAUGGUCGAUUUGGUAUAGGCCUAGAUAACACACUUUUACUAGUGGCACAAACCGGAAUGUUUAUAUACUGCAUGUUUUCAAUAAUUGGAUACUACUUUAACAUGGACAACAGCCCACCUAUUGAAUUGCUAGCCGAAAUCUUUUCAUUUAUCCAAACCUGCCUGCAAACAAUGUUUGUAUUGGACGGCUGGUCGAGAAAAUGUCGAAACAUGAAGCAGGCAAAAAAUAAACCUGGAAGGGAAUUGAUAACGUUUUUAAUUGUUGCCAAUAUGGCAAUGUGGAUAAUAAACACUCUAGAGAAAAAUAGAGCGGAGUUUAGACAGAUACACUUAAAGUUUUUUGGAGACUGGACAUGGACCAUUAUCACUCAUAUUACGAUGCCUUUGGCUAUAUUUUAUAGAUUUCAUUCAACGAUAUGUUUGGUUGAAAUAUGGAGGUCUGCAUAUCAAUUUAAAGCCACUCAAAGAAAUUCUUUAUUUUCUUUAAUUUAG